AUGCCACCAAAGCCUUCACACCAAGUCACAGGACUCGACCACAACGACGCAAUAUGUAUCGACUGGUCAAAGUGUGUUGGUUGCCAGCUUUGUACGACCAAAUGUACUUUUGACGUCUUAGAGAAGGGAAAGCCAAAGUCCCCACCACAAGUCCAUGCCACUCGACCCAACCCAGAACAGCAGAACACUGAUUUAACAAGAAUAUUAUUGAAAGACACAGACUGUGUCGGCUGUGGUCACUGUACCUCUGUGUGUAACUUUGGAGCACUCAAGCCACUAGACCCCUUUGAUGCCAUAAUGGAGGCCAAAAAGAAUGGGAAGAAGUUGGUUGCUAUGAUUGCGCCAUCGACUCGUCUAGGUGUAGCCGAGUGUAUGGGUAUGCCUAUAGGAACAACUGCUUUAGCGCAAUUAGUCUUGUCUUUGAGGAAGAUUGGGUUUGACUAUGUCUUUGAUGUUGACUAUGGAGCGGAUAAGACCACUUUUGAUGAUCAUGCGGAGGUUAUGGAGAUGAGAGAAAAGCAGACUGGACCUGCAAUCACUUCGUGUUGCCCGGCUUGGAUUGAGUUACUCGAGAAGGACUACCCAGACUUGAUCCCAAAAACGUCGACAGCAAGAUCCCCAAUAGGGUGUCUUGCGGCUUUGAUUAAAAGAGGAUGGGCCAACGAUGUCAAAAUUGACCCAGAGAAUUUGUAUACCGUUGGCAUCAUGCCUUGUGUUGCUAAGAAAGUCGAAGCAGCGCGUCCACAAAUUCAUCAGGACUAUGAUGCGUCAGUCACUUCUGUUGAAGUUUCUAAUUACUUCAGGGCGCACUUAGCAGAUGAAGACAAGAAGUUUUCUGAAGCAAGAGAAGCUGAAGUUGAAAAGACGGAGGAAGGACUUUGUGACUUACCAUUCAGAAGAAUCUCUGGAGGGUCAAACAUCUUUGGAAAGACUGGAGGAGUAUCAGAGACUGUCUUUAGAGUUAUCGCAAAGAAUGCGGGCGUCCCAUGGAAUGAAGUAAAUAUAACAAAAGAAGAGAUGUACAAGCAUGCAAGUGGAUCCACAAUGACCAAAGUCAUCGUAGAUAUAAAAGGAACUAUAAUAAAUGGUAUAGUUUGCCAUGGAGGUUUUGCUAUUCGUAAAGCGUGCGAUAUGGUAAGAAGUGGAGAGUUGACUUCGAAGAACUGUGAUGUUAUAGAAAUGAUGGCAUGCCUUGGGGGAUGUCUAGGUGGUGCGGGACAACCGAAGAUCCCACCAGCAAAGAAAGCUGAGAUGGACAAGAGACGAGUCAAACUCGAUGACUUGGAUUACAAAGCCGAGUUCAAAGCGGCCACUGAGAAUACAGAUAUGCUUGAGUUCGUUAAGAGUCAUUUCGAUGCUCAUGGCGAGCAUGAGCACUUGCACACUUAUUUCGAGGCAAGAUACCCACAAGCGUAA